AUGACACCGAAAAUAAAUAAAACCUCCGACGUUCUGACACUGAACAUCAAUGAUCUGAGGAAAAUAGUUCCCGCUGCCGAGAUCCAGUGGCUGGAGCAGAAGAAACGCGACGAGGAGCUGUUGAAAACCGAACGUGAAGAUAUCCAGUUGAAGCUGAAUAAAACGCUGCACCGCCUCAUCAAACUGGACGAUCAGCUGGAGGUGGACCGCAUUAGCGAUCAGGAGUACCGAUCUCUGGAUUCCCUCAGGAAAAGGCUGAACUUGCGGCAUCAACAAUUGGCCGAGAGACUGGUUCGCGUCGGAACUCGACUGGCCAGGGCGAAAAGUGAUCUCGGCAAGCUUGAAACUGCCAUUUACGAGGACCUAACCAACCGGGGAUUGAUUUGAAGAGUGUAUCUGAAGAAUAGUUCCAUCCCAGUCGGGAUGUGAAGUAAUGCUCUAAACAAUUCAUUUCUACACUUCUUAGCAGUCUGCGCACUAAGGACAUUUGGUUUACCCUCGGAACUGUAUCGACUAAUGUUUUAAAAAUAAAUAUUUCUUAAUAAAUGUAUAACUUGGU